AUGUCGGCGAGCUCCCCCCGUGCGGACCCGUUUCGGCCGGCCAAGAGAGUUGCCGGUCAACGCCAGGAUGUCUGGUCGAUUGUCAAUGAGGCCGCUGCUGCCUCUCCGGUCCAGCCCAUCGUGAACAUGGGCCAGGGCUUCUUUGGCUAUAACCCCCCAAAGUUUGCGGUGGACGCUGCGAAGGAUGCUCUUGACCGAGUGGAAUGCAACCAAUACUCCCCGACCAAGGGUCGCCCACGUCUGAAGAAAGCCAUCGCCGAUGCCUACUCUCCUUUCUUCGGCCGCACCCUGAACCCCGACACGGAGGUCACUAUCACUACCGGAGCGAACGAAGGAAUGCUCAGCGCUUUCAUGGGAUUCAUUGAGCCGGGAGAUGAGGUCAUCAUCUUCGAGCCCUUCUUCGACCAAUAUAUUAGCAACAUUGAAAUGCCCGGCGGUACCAUUCGAUAUGUCCCCCUUCACCCUCCCAAGGAUGGUGCGACCAGAACCUCUCCUGCUUCCGAGUGGACGAUAGACUUUGAGGAGCUGGAGAAUGCGAUUAACUCGAAGACUAAGAUGAUUGUCUUCUCGCGCGAGGAGCUUCAGCGUAUUGGUGACCUGUGCAUCAAGCACAACCUCAUCAUCCUUUCGGAUGAAGUCUAUGACCGCCUCUUCUACGUUCCGUUCACCAGAAUUGCUACCUUGUCUCCAGAGCUAUAUGAGCGCACUUUGACUGUCGGUUCCGCUGGAAAGGCCUUUUACGCCACUGGUUGGCGUGUGGGCUACCUCAUCGGCCCAGAGCAUCUGAUCAAGUACGUCGCUGGCGCUCACACUCGGAUCUGCUAUAGCAGUGUGUCUCCUCUCCAGGAGGCUGCGGCGGUUGCGUUCGAACAGGCGGAUAAGGCCGGCUUCUGGGAUGAAAGCCGUAACGAAAUGAAGCAGAAGAUGGAGCUCUUCUGCCAAGUGUUUGAUGAACUCAACAUCCCGUACUCUGAUCCUGAGGGCGGCUACUUCGUCCUUGCGAACAUGUCCUCCGUCAAACUUCCCGAGGACUAUCCCUUCCCUCCUCAUGUGGCCAGUCGCCCGCGCGACUUCAAGCUUUGCUGGUUCCUCAUCCACGAAGUCGGUGUCGCCGCGAUCCCCCCGACGGAGUUCUACACCGAUGCGAACUCCCACAUCGCCGAGGAUUACCUUCGAUUCGCGGUGUGCAAGAACGACGACGUCCUUGAAACCGCCAAGGAGAGACUGCGCGGUCUGAAGAAGUAUAUCGUAUAG